UCAAUACUAAAACACAAUUUAAACUGAAAUUGACAUCAUGUGGGCUGCAAGGAAGAAUAGCCUACACUCCAGUUCGGAUGUUGCCGACAAGAUGGACACAAAAAUAUUGAUUGGCCUAUAUUUUUUAAAGAAAAGUAUUGUUUGCACUUCAAAGACGACAGCAGCAUUACUUUAAUGGAGGAAUAAGGGAUUAGCGAAAGUGUGUUGUCUGUCUCCCUCAAUUGAAUGUAUUCCUAAUAUCGAGGUGCGCAGCCUAUUGGGACCGUCCCAGUCGGUAUUGAACACGCCUCCCGCAACCUCUGAUAGGAUCGGCGUUGCAAAUCAUCCCAAAAACCCGUCAACUAAUGCAGCCUAUUCCAUUUCCAAGACGUUCAAACAGUCACAGAGCCAAAACACUGACCUAAUGCGCAAAGCUAACAAACGGAGGAGUGUAUGUUUGUUUUAGAGCCGUGGACUAUUCAAAAGCUUGGACCUGGGGCGAAGUUUGAAGGCUGCAGGAGGAAUUCCUGGUGUCAUCGUGUGGUUGUCCAAUCAGAGACCUGCAUGUGUGAAGCCGCGGCCAGCAAUGGAACCCUGGCCUGCAGUGGCCUGGGUCCUACUGCUGAUGGCCCUCGCUGAUUGGCUGAAAACGGCCCAAUCAAAGGACUUCACAGAACAGGAUAUCAUCUACCUCCAUCCCUCAACCACUCCAUUCCCAGGCGGGUUCAAGUGCUUCACCUGUGAAGAAGCACCUGACAACUAUGAGUGUAAUCGCUGGGCGCCAGACCUGUACUGCCCACAAGAGGCCAGAUAUUGUUACACGCGGCACAAGAUGGACGUGGAGGGGGACAGUGUCUCUGUGACAAAGCGGUGUGUGGCUUUGGGAGACUGCCUCUCUACUGGAUGCUCUGAAGAAGACCAUGAAGGAACCAGGGUCUGUACAGCGUGCUGUGAGGGGAAUAUCUGUAACCUUCCUCUGCCCUGGAACGUGACAGAGGCUGUGUUUGCCACCACCUCGCCCCUCAGUGGCACCACAGGACUCUCACAGUGCUACACACUAACAUCCUGCCUCCUCUCCUUCACCCUGCUCAUCUUCAGCUAUGUUUGAGAAGUGGAGAGAGACACUGAUAUAUCUAUAACAUUUUCUUUAACAGUUGAAGGUCUGAUCCAACUACUGAUAUGCUUUAAUAUACACCCUAUGGAAAUAGUACUCACUGCAGUUUUGGACAAUUUAUUUCCCUUUUCAUUCUAAAGGAAACCAGUUGUGAUUAUCUUUCAUCGUUAUGCAGGGCCUCAAUAAAACGAGCACUUGACACUGAUACAGCUUCUGAAACACACGCAAUAUGGCUGUCAAUCUUGAAGGAUCAAACAUAAUAAAUAUCACAGUAUGACAUUACAUCAUUCUCACCCUACUACUCUUCUGCACAGGGACAGAAGGAGGAGAAACUGUAAACCUAGAAAUGUGUUGUGGCAUGUUUGGACCCGUCAGUAGGCUAUAGGCUAUUGUAAAAGCUGCAAUAUUUUCCAGUGAUGAGGAGGAAUUGAAGAACAACAGACUGACACCAGCUUCUAUGAGGAUUUGUCUGCUUUAACGUUUUGAUGCUUUUAUGUUUUCACACUUUUGUGAGUCAGUACCCCAUGUUGUAUGUUUGACACAUAUGUACAUAUAAAUAGUAUUUAUUUUUUUAGCGAACAUGGUUGUUAGACAGUGAAUAUGUGUGAAAUGUUACGCCUGUAGGUUAAUAUAAUAGCAUGUAUAGUGGAACAGAUGAAAUAGGCACUGCUCAUGCUUUUAUGUCUAGAAUGUGGAAAGUAUUUUUACCAACAUAGAAAGAGAGCCUGGUGCCCAUCAUACAAACGCAGUAACGCUUUGCAUGAGGUGGAGUUUCUGUUGUGGGAAAAGUAUUUCCUCAAACCUUAAAAAGGAUUAACGUUAAUUAAAGGUCUAUUUUGGCUUCAAAUUUUCCGAUGAUUAAAAAUAUCUGACUUUCCACACAGUACAGUAAGCUACCCACAGCACUUUGUUUGGACUAGGCUUUGGGAGCUGUACUGUAAUUCUAUGACUUAUAACUUGAUUAUGUCUUACAGUUUUAGUGAGAGGCAACAAUGAAUUACUUACUUCAUGUGUACACCAUUAGUUACUGAUACCACAUUAACAUUUGUCACACACUUUUAUGCAGAGGGAUUACAGUAGAGAGUGCAUACGUUUUCAUACUGGACCCCUAUGGGAAUCGAACCCACAACCCUGGCAUCGCAAGCGCCAUGCUCUCCCAACUGAGCCACACAGGAUGCUCUUCAGGGGUCUCUUUCUCACCACUGUUUUAAUGUUUUCCGUUCUCGUGACACAUCCCCCUGGUGUUUAUACAGUGUUCUGUGACAUGUUUGUCAUCCAUCACUCUCUAUUGGCGGUGUGGCCGCCUGGCCGGCUGAGAAAAAUGCAGAGUUAGCAAAUACAGUGUUAUUGUUCUCCAGGCUUUUAUGAUUUGUUUAGGCUGACCGCCCGAGACAUAGAGGAGACCGGUCUGCACGCCUCCCUCUCUCCUCAGUAGGACUCCAGCCAAAGGCCAAGAGGAAAAGAGUGGAGUGUGAUUUACAGAGAGCAAAAGUUUUUACCUACUGUAGUCUACUCUGUUCACGUUUAAUAAAUUACAUUUCUUUUUUUUUAUGGCGGUCCUUGUGUUUUCCACAAUCAUAGCAAGAUUUUAUCCUGUAUUUUAAGCUUUAUCCAGACAUGAGAAUUGAACCAAAAAUGCAAUUGUCUGAGGAUGGUGCUGGACCAUCUGAAAUUAACAGAAAAAGGGGGAGUUUGGAGAAAAAAGCUUUAAAUAAAGGUUAGAAUCCAGGUCAUGUGACAUGAUUGCUCAAAACACAGGGCCCUAUUUAUGG